AUGUCCGCCAAAAGGGAUUCCACACAGUUCGACCGAGGCGACCUCUCGUUCAUUAUUGUGGCAGGCGCCAUGGUAUCCUUCAUGAUCCCAGGUCUUGCCUUCCUCUACUCUGGUCUAUCUAGGCGAAAGUCCGCCCUUUCCCUCAUCUGGAUUGUCUCGGCCAGCAACGCCAUCUGCAUCUUCCAAUGGUACUUCUGGGGCUACUCGCUCGCCUUUUCGCCUACCGCAACCAGUGGAUUUAUUGGAAACCUGGAUAAUUUCGGAUUGAUCAAUGUCCUGGACCAACCAUCCCCAGGUUCCCCCUUGAUCCCAUCUCUACUCUAUAGCUUCUAUCAAAUGGAGUUUGCAUGUGUGACGGUAGCAAUCUUGGUUGGUGGAAUUGCCGAACGUGGCAGGGUUCUCCCCGCAGCCGUCUUCACCUUCUUCUGGCUGACUCUGGUGUACUGUCCUCUUGCUUGUUGGGCAUGGAACUCCGGUGGUUGGGGCUUUACCUGGGGCGUUCUAGACUACGCAGGGGGAGGUCCUGUUGAGAUUGGCAGUGGUGUCGGAGGACUCGCCUACGCAUGGGUUCUCGGACGUAGACAUGAAAAGGAGCUCCUCAAUUUCAGACCUCACAAUGUUUCCAUGGUCAAUCUAGGCACCUUCAUUCUGUGGUUUGGUUGGUUGGGGUUCAACGCCGGUAGCUCUUUUGGCGCCAACCUUCGUGCUGUCAUGGCUGCUUGGAACUCUAUGCUAGCCGCUGCGUUUGGAGGUAUCGUCUGGUGCUUGUUGGAUUACCGGCUGGAACGCAAGUAUAGUAUGGUUGGCUUCUGUUCCGGGACGAUCGCUGGUUUAGUUGCAGCCACCCCUGCCUCCGGAUACAUUCCCCCAUGGGCUGCCAUUGUCAUGGGUAUUGUCACUGGCGCUGUUUGUAACUACGCCACCAAGUUAAAGUUCCUUUUCCGCAUCGAUGAUGCUCUGGAUCUUUUCGCUGAGCACGCCGUCGGUGGGAUUAUUGGCCUUCUCAUGAACGGUCUCUUUGGCUCGCAUACGAUUACCGCUCUUGAUGGUGUAAACACGAGCGUUCUAGGUGGUUGGAUAGACCACAACUGGAAGCAGCUCUACAUUCAGUUUGCCUACGUUUGUGCAGCGUGCAGCUACACCUUCGUCGUGACGGCCAUCAUCGCCAAGAUAAUCGAUAUGAUCCCCGGCUUGCACCUGCGCACUCCUCCAGAGGGCGAGUCCCUCGGCAUUGACGAAGUAGAGAUCGGAGAAUUUGCGAACGAUUACAUCGAAGUUCGCAGAGAUUACAAGGACUGGACGCCCCCGUCCCAAGACCGCUUCAGCACUCCGAGCUCGGAGCCUGCCUCAGACUCGACCGUGGCCGCUGGCGACCGCCAUGGCCAACCCGAUCAAGCCUACAAGGAUCGACAUGCUCUCAGACCGGAGUCCAACGGUCUCGAUACCAUCAGCGAGAAACCCAGCGAAAACCACGAAGGUCAUGUAGCUGUGGAGGAGCUCUCAUGA